AUGCCUAGAAGAUCAGGACGAUCCGGCGGUAUGGGCAGGGCCCCACAGCCAGCCAGAACUUAUUCAGCUCCUGUCCCAGCUCCUGCUCCCCAGAUGGCGCCAGCACCCAUGAUGGCACAGCCCAAGCAGCCUGGUCUGUUUGCCCAGAUGGCAACAACAGCUGCCGGUGUGGCUGUGGGGUCAGCUGUGGGCCACACGGUGGGUGCUGCUCUCACAGGCUCCAUGGGAGGCGGCAACCAUGUAGAGGCCGCUCCCACUGCGGCCCCUGCACCAGUACCUGUACAGCAGCAGCGGUAUGACCCCGGCACCAACCCGUGCCAGCACCAGCUUCAGCAGUUCCUGGAGUGUACGCAAACCCAGACUGACAUCAGUCUCUGUGCUGGUUUCAACGAGGCUCUCAAGGAGUGCAAGCUUCGAUUUGGACUCCAGUGA